AGCACCCGGGCAGGAGGAGGGAUGGACAGCAGGCAGGAGGGGGAGUAUUGCACAGGAACAAUGGCUGAGGAUUACAGAGAACUGGCCGGGCCUGCUUCAUGUCACUGACUCCUUUCUACAUGUCACCGAGCCCCUGCACUGCAGACACAGGCUGGCAGCCAUGGACCGGAUGAAAAAGAUCAAAAGACAGCUUUCCAUGACCCUUCGGGGUGGGCGGACAUUGGAAAAAAGCCCCGGAGACCAUUCAGAACCCAUUACUUUGGAGGACAAUGGCAGCAGUGAUAAUGAGCCCAUCGUCAGAAAUGGGAGAAGCCUCUCGUCCCACAGCAUGCAAUCCUUCCUGCACCACUACACCGCCAGCUCCUUCCAAAAGCCGCCCAUACCCCGGCCCCACAGUGCCGUCUGCAGGAGUCUCAGCUCUUACCUGAACCGGAGCAGCCGACUAGAGAUUGUACAUGAAGACCUAAAGAUGGGUUCAGAUGGAGAGAGCGACCAAGCGUCUGGCUCCUCAGAUGAGGUUCAGUCACCGGUGCGAGUGAGGAUGAGGAACAACGCAACUCGCAAAAUAUCCACAGAGGAUAUUAAUAAGCGUCUGUCACUCCCAGCGGAUAUUCGUCUUCCUGAGGGUUACCUGGAGAAGCUGGCUCUUAGUAGCCCUCCAUUUGAUAAGCCCCUGAGUAGGCGGUUAAGAAGGGUCUCUCUGUCAGAGAUCGGUUUUGGAAAGUUGGAGACUUAUGUCAAGUUGGACAAAUUGGGAGAGGGAACCUACGCUACUGUUUACAAGGGCCGUAGUAAACUGACUGAAAACCUGGUUGCCCUUAAAGAAAUUCGCUUGGAACAUGAGGAGGGUGCUCCUUGUACUGCAAUCAGGGAAGUUUCCCUUUUGAAGGAUUUAAAACAUGCAAAUAUUGUCACUCUUCAUGACAUCAUCCACACGGAGAGGACUUUGACUCUCGUCUUUGAGUACCUGGACAAAGAUUUGAAGCAAUAUCUGGAUGACUGCGGGAAUCUAAUAAACCUUCACAACAUCAAGCUCUUUCUUUUCCAGCUUCUCCGAGGGCUCUCGUAUUGUCACAGACGCAAGGUCCUUCAUCGAGACCUGAAGCCACAGAACCUGCUGAUAAACGAGAAGGGGGAGCUCAAACUUGCUGACUUUGGCUUGGCAAGGGCAAAAUCUAUCCCCACCAAGACUUACUCCAACGAGGUGGUGACGCUCUGGUACCGGCCCCCGGAUAUUCUUCUGGGAUCUACAGAAUACUCUACGCAGAUUGAUAUGUGGUAA